CAGUUUAGAAAAAUCCCCGUUGAAGAGAGAGGAAGGUCUGGUGCAUGUCACCCACUGAGCCGCAAAAUAAAGUUUCCUCUGCGCGCAGUUUGGAGGGCAGAUUUCAAUGCGCGGUGCAGCCUGAGGUCCUGCAACACAUCAUUUUUCUCAUCGACUGAACCAGCGCUUUUUUAAAAGAGGUUUGCUUUACAACAUUUGGACUGGACUUGUUUUGUUUUGGUGUGCGCAAUGAUGGCCACUUACCAAAACCCGGAGGAUGACGCAAUGGCCUUAAUGAUCCACGACACCAACACGACCAAGGAGAAAGAGCGACCCAAAGAGGAGCCGGUCCAGGAGAAAGUCCAGGAGAAGCCGGACCCGUCCCAGAAACCACCGUACUCCUAUGUCGCUCUCAUCGCCAUGGCUAUCCGGGAGAGCUCCGAGAAGCGCCUCACUCUGUCCGGUAUUUACCAGUAUAUCAUCAGCAAGUUUCCCUUCUAUGAGAAAAAUAAGAAAGGUUGGCAGAACAGUAUCAGACACAACCUGAGUCUCAACGAAUGCUUCAUUAAGGUUCCGCGGGAGGGCGGCGGGGAGAGGAAGGGGAAUUACUGGACACUCGACCCAGCCUGCGAGGACAUGUUUGAGAAGGGGAACUACAGGAGGCGCCGCAGGAUGAAGCGGCCGUUUAGACCUCCACCGACGCACUUCCAGCCGGGGAAGUCCUUGUUCGGAGGAGACGGCUAUGGCUACCUGUCCCCACCCAAGUACCUGCAAUCUAGCUUCAUGAACAACUCGUGGUCGCUAGGCCAGCCGCCCACUCCGAUGUCCUACACGUCCUGUCAGAUGGCCAGCGGCAACGUGAGUCCAGUGAACAUGAAGGGGCUGUCAGCCCCGUCAUCUUAUAACCCCUACUCCCGAGUGCAGAGCAUGGCGCUCCCCAGCAUGGUGAACUCUUACAACGGCAUGAGUCACCAUCACCACCCAGCGCAUCCUCACCAUAGCCAGCAGCUGAGCCCGGCCACCGCGGCACCACCGCCGGUCUCCAGCAGCAACGGAGCGGGCCUUCAGUUCGCCUGCUCCCGCCAGCCCGCGGAGCUCUCGAUGAUGCACUGCUCUUACUGGGAACACGAGACCAAACACUCGGCGUUACACACGAGGAUUGAUAUUUAAAGUUUACCAAAAUGGUCUGUGUUAAAUGAGGACUCUGAGAGUGAGAGUUAAUUCCUGUGAUUUCAAAACAGAACCAAGAGUAUUUUUUUGAAGAGACUAUUCUGACGAGCUGUGUGGGUCCAGCUGACACCCGUAGAUGCCGAUUGGGGAGGUAUGCGCGAGUUGAUGUUGAGAAAGUUUUACAAAAUGGAAUGUGGAGGUAAAGAAGUCAUCAGGACACAUCAGGUAGCACAACCUCUGGGAGCCAUUUCAUGCGCCUGUAUUACACUUGGACUGAUGACCAUAACUCGGUAUUGUAGUCAUAAUUGUGCCUAUGAAAAGCUUUUCAUUUUCACGGGAUAGACAUUGCUGACAUUGCUUCAGCUGUGUUAUUGCUGUGCGUAAUGGUUUCUCUCAACUUUACGCACGACUCCUGCUAACUCUUGCCAAAUGAAACGUGAACAUAAGAUGCCCUAAUUAAGUCAGUGCUUGAAUAUGUAAUUGAAUCAGAGCUCAAUUUGGCCCUCUGAGUAACUUGCACUGAGCGAGGCCUGCAUGGUGAAACCUCCCCUCCUGUCAUAGUUGUGAUCUUUGUAGGUGAACGUGUGGGUAGAGAUCCAUCACACUGCCAACAAUACAAUUCAGGGUUUUUCAUAUUUUUAUUGAUCCCACACAUGUAUGUAUGAUUUCAUUUCCAAUAUGACGCCAGCCAGUGCCAGGUUUUGUUAAUCUGUCUGAUUAUUAUUAUUUUUUUAUAAACGUGAUUAGCUAUAUUGUUUCAUUCAUGUUGGGGCCAUGUUUCAUUUUAAUUAGCACUUUUCCCUCUUUUCUAGGUUUGUGAAUUUCUUAAUAAAC